UCGAAAUUGCAAGAGUAACGUUGGUUUCUCGAAAGCUAGAGAGAGGGAGAGAGAGGCGGACGCACUUGCAGAGGUCCCGAAGAAGCAUAAGGAGAUAGAGAGGGAGAGAGAGAUGUACUUGCAGAGAAGAAGAGAUGGCUCCAAAGGAAAAAAGAGGGAGACCUGAAAGCAAGUCAAGAAUGAUGUCUGUUAUAAAGAAGAAGAAGAAAACCCUGAUGAAAAAGGCUGAUGAGCUAUCAAUCUUUUGUGGGGUCGAAGCCUGUGUAAUCUCUCUCUCUUCGGAAACAAGCGAGUGCAAUGUUUGGUCAAGCACGCCCGACGCCCUUUCCAUGCUUAAGCGAUAUAGGGAACUAAAGACAGAAGACAAAAGCAAGCGGAAGGUCGAUCUCACAGAUGUCAUGAGACAGAGAAUAGAUGAGGUAAAGAAGAAAUUGGAGAUUCAGAGGAAGAAGAAUUUGGAACUUGAGUUGCAGAACAAACUGUUGGAGCUCAAAAAUCUUAGUGUUGAUGGUUUACCUCUGCAAAGUCUCCAAGAAAAUCUUAGCUUAAUAGAUAAGACCUUGGAGAAGGUUCGUGAGCAGAUCUCGACACUCCGUAAGGUUGCUAUAGGUUCAGUUCCUCAAGCAUAUGACACACUAUGCAGCUCAUUGCCGUCUUCAGAUCCACAAAAUAUACAGCUGGACUAA